UGACACUGCCCUCCCCGGGCGGGUGGAAGCAUCUCACUGGUGACGGGUCUGAAAGCACGUGGCUACGUCAUGGAAAGCCAGUCUUUUCAAUGCAAACUUCAACCCCUCCUCCUCCCCCUAAUGCCGGUAACUCACAUCCAAGGCUGGGCGAGGAAUCCGGAGGGGAGAUUUUCCUCAUGCUCACCGUUGUUGGAAACUGGGAGAGAGAGAGAGGAAGGCGGCAGGGGAUCCGAGGCGCUCUCUACCUACUACCAGCCUGACCAGGGGAGGGGUCACCUAGAUUUGCAUCUUUUCUUCGUGGUGGUUGAGAACUGCAGGUUCAAUCCGAUCCCCCUGAGCACUGGCGCUUGAUUAUAAAAAAAAAAAAAAUCGACACUGGGAGAAGGGAGGCUGUGUCUUCGGCUGUCAGACUCGGAGGUGGUAUUGGUGUGUGUAUGUGUGCUGGUGGUUUUUUUUUUUUUUUUUCUUUUUCUUUUUUCUUUCUUUCUUUCUUUCCUUUUUUUUUUUUCCUUUCCUUCUCUCCUAGGGACAACACAAUGGCAGUCUUCUCUCAGUGAGAUGAAUCCUGCUUUGACUCCUGCAGACUCACCCAGCCUCAUAGCGAUCAACUAAAAGGCUAUGGUUUUCUCUUUGGGGAUCUUUUGUGCAUUACUGUUCUCCCUGAUUAGUUCUGGUCUCAGUUGGGAUUUCUUUGCUUUUUUGUUUGGCUUCAUGCUGAAAAAGGAUUUUUUUGCCAACCCUUUGGUAAUAAUCCAGUGGUGAUCAAGGGGAUAAAUCAUUCACCCUGGCCGAAAAAAAACAAUCUCUGAGAAGUCUCAAAGAAAUAUACCACGUGAGGGGAAAAAACUGGGAGAAGAUCCGGAAUAUUAUCGUUUUUCCUAUGGUAAAACCGGUGCCCCUCUUCAGGAGAACUGAUUUCAAAUUAUUAUUAUGCAACCACAAGGAUCUCUUCUUUCUCAGGGUGUCUAAGCUGCUGGAUUGCUUUUCGCCCAAAUCAAUGUGGUUUCUUUGGAACAUUUUCAGCAAAGGAACGCAUAUGCUGCAGUGUCUUUGUGGCAAGAGUCUUAAGAAAAACAAGAACCCAACUGAUCCCCAGCUCAAGGGUAUAGUGACCAGGUUAUAUUGCAGGCAAGGCUACUACUUGCAAAUGCACCCCGAUGGAGCUCUCGAUGGAACCAAGGAUGACAGCACUAAUUCUACACUGUUCAACCUCAUACCAGUGGGACUGCGCGUCGUGGCCAUCCAGGGAGUGAAAACAGGGUUGUAUAUAGCCAUGAAUGGAGAAGGUUACCUCUACCCAUCGGAACUUUUUACCCCUGAAUGCAAGUUUAAAGAAUCUGUUUUUGAAAACUAUUAUGUAAUCUACUCAUCGAUGCUGUACAGACAACAGGAAUCUGGUAGAGCCUGGUUUUUGGGAUUGAACAAGGAAGGGCAAGUUAUGAAAGGAAACAGAGUAAAGAAAACCAAGGCAGCAGCUCAUUUUCUACCCAAGCCAUUGGAAGUUGCCAUGUACCGAGAACCAUCUUUGCAUGACGUCGGAGAAACGGUCCCAAAAGCCGGGGUGACGCCGAGUAAAAGCACAAGCGCGUCUGCAAUCAUGAAUGGAGGCAAACCAGUCAACAAAAGUAAGACGACAUAGCCAGAUCCUCACAGGUGUUGUGACUGACUCGCCCUGAGCACCGUUGAGUGAUUUAUCCUGGCCACAGCCUCCUGUUCCGGGGCCCAGGAGCAGCUGGCAGUAAGUAGACGCUUGCUCCCCGCUGGCUCGAACUUCUUGGUCGCAAGUGGAUAAAUCUCAACGUGUUGUGCCCUCACAACAAGAAGACACCUGGAUAACCAGCUCAACUCAGACCAUGGAAUGCCCUACCAGAUAUGGAAUGCCUUUUUAAUAUCUUUUCUGUGACUGUGACACUUCACGUGAAUGACCUACUUCACAAGUCCACUCGAUACCUUGCCUGCUGACAGCUCCCCAUAUUCCUUUUUGAGUCCCGUUUCGGCGAAUUCCAUGUGUUUAAGUUCGAUUUUGUAGCACACAGAUACUCUUGAGUAAUUUCUAGUUAGAUGCUGUAAACCUGUGCUAUUAUGGAGUUCUCUUCUUCCCGUUUUUACAGGGCUGCUGGCUCCACUGUCUGUGACCUUUUGCAGGGAUUGUGUUCCUCUCAAUCGUAACUUGUAGCGGUUGGCUUAGUUUGGAGAGCGAUCAGGGAAACAGAAAGCCUUCUAAACCUAUUAUGACACAUUGCAUCUAUAACGAUUAAGAGUGUUGUCUCUGGCUCACACUACUGAUGAAACACACAUAUAUGCUCUGUCCAGUAGCAGAUACUGUGCUCCCAAGGCCGUGUGGCCGGGCUGAGAAAUGGGGUCAAACGCAGUCAUGGGAAGCGCUCUAUGAUCUGGGUUUGACAUCCCCCUUAGUUUCUUUGUGUGUGUGUGUGUUUUAUACAUAUCACAAGCUUACUGGUAAUGGUAACAUUUGCCUUGCCCAGCGAGCAAGACCCACUGGUUUUUGAGAAAGUGGGUCCAAAGAACUCUGUAGGCCUUGUAGGCCUGAUUAAGGUUCAUUUUCAUCUAUGAAUCCUCAUUAUUUGGAAAAAAGGAAAAAAAAUCAAUAAUUACAACCUACAAGAAUUGCGCUACCUAAAUCCAUUUCAGAUAGAAUCCUUCCUGUUUUUAAUGAACCAAACUUAAUGCCAUCCCUGGUUUGGGCUGCAUUCCACUCAUACUCAGCAGAGCAUGGGCAAGGCGGCUGUUGUGUUCUUUUCUGCAGCAGCAAUGCAAACGUUAGUUAUAAAUUAGACUUUAAUAUUUUUGGUGUUUAACAAGUUUUUAAACUGGACAUAUUAGGAAAAAAAUAUUUUUUUUAGCUCAGCAUGCUGAGUCAGGUACUGUGUAAUUCACCAGUCCAUACCUCUGACUCAGCUUCUCGGGCCCCUGUGGCCCAAUGGCUGAGUUAGAGGUGCCUUGCCAUGAUCUCAGAAUGCAGUCUGUUGAAUUAUUCUAGAUUAAAACUAAAGACAAGACAAACCAACAUGUUCAAACAUCAGGUUUUCGGUCCAUCUGAUUUUUUUUUUUUUGCUGUUCUUUGAUUUUGCUUAACUUCCUUUGGAAUUUAAUACUGCUGAAUUCUGAGCUUAGGGAAGACAACGACUAAGAAAGUCCAUGAAUAGUUGACUCCACAGUGAAGAAACCAUGCAAAAUGUUCAAUAUUGGAUAUAAAGAGUUUCAAAAUGUUUGAUACUAAGCUGUUUGGAAAUAUAUUUGUUAACUCUGUGUAUACUUAAUAAAUUUCAAUGUUUUCUCCUCAGAAGAGUUAACUGAGACCAAACUGAACCUCAUUUAUAGAAAACUAUACGUGGGAUCAAUGAACUGGCCUCUUGUUAUUAUUUCCAUGUGGAAGGAUGACCCAGUCGCCAUUUUCUCCCAUCUGCAUUGUAUUUACUGGGAAAUUAUUUUGUCACUGCUUUCCUAAGUCUCCAUGACAGCCCUUGCCCAGCAUUUAAAAAUUUUGGCCUGCUUAGCUGAUUAAAGAUUUACUAUCAAUUUAACUGUUUAUGCUUAUUUCAUUUUCGUAUUGAAUUCCACUUUAAUAAAUAAAAUGUUAGCAUAAACGUUUGAGUAGAUUUAUUGUCGAUAGUGCUAAAGUACAACAAAAUGCUUCUUUUGACCUCUCUUGAUUUCUUGUUACACCAUUUUAAAGCUUAUUAUUUUUAACAGGCUAAGUUAAAAUACAUUAGAUGAAUUUCAUUAACCAAUUGUUUAGGGAAGACAUAUAUUCCAUAAUAUGUGGCAACUUGAAAUUCCAAUUAGAUGGACUUACCCUACUGCGCACAGGCACACACACACACAUCAAACAACCCCACCUAUGUUUUUGGUAAUCAGCCCUACUUGCUGGUUUCUUUUUCCCCUGUAAGCUUGUUUAUUGGUUAAAAUUAUGACAAGAUUUAUUUUUGUAAGUGACUGAGAUUUCAGUAAAUGUGUAUCUCUGUUUUGUUUUUUUACAUGAGUUAUCGAUAAGGGCAUUUAUCUCUAUGAAUGGAUGUCAAAAUACUUUCUUCUAAUAUAUGUUUAGACGUAUUGCAGAGGGGUCCUUGUUAUUUGUGAUUUAGUUAGAUCAUUUCCUCUGUGUCUGGUCUGACCUGUUGCAUGGAACGAGGACAGCACUGAUGAACUGCAUGUUGUAGGACCUGUGUAUCAAGAACCAUUGGUGUGUAUUAAUCUACAUACAAAGAGUUUGUCUGCAUUGUACAGUUUCUGUGUUGAAUAUCAUUUGUUGUAUUCAUAAAUACAACAUAUUGAAUAAAAUAUUUAUAUGACGGCAUAUUCAAAAACAUUGAACAACUUUAUGUAAUGAAAUGGCAUUGCAUCACCCACAUAGAGAAAUGUCAUGUAAAUAAGUUUGGUAAACUCAUUUUCCCCCUUUACCAUGCCAAAGAAAAUUUUAGCUCUUUGAUGAUACCUCUCUUGCUAUUUUUCCAGGAUAAGACUCCACCAUUUUCUCCCCUCAAAAACUGUUUGCUGUUUUAAGUAAGUGCAAUCUGUCACCUUUGGUGUUCUGUACAGUAAAUCUGAUGGAAUUCAUUUGUAUUUAGAGAACACCACAUGUUCUGUACCUCCAUGUACAUAUGUCGAUCUUAUCAACUCUUUCCAAUAUCACAUUCCUUUUGCAUCCAUAUCUGGUGUGAGAGGGUUAUGUCUACUGAUUUGUUAUGGUAGCUGUUCCAUUCAUUCCUCAACAACGCUCUGGAAUGUUCAUUGUUUUGAUAUUUCAGGUGACAUCAUUUUAUUUUCCUGUAAGUUUGCUUUCUAAAAUACUUUGCUACAACUUUACUUGGAAAAAUUAUAGAAGAGAUGCAAAUGGUUCAGCCUAUAUAAAGAGUAAAAUGGAACUGAGCAUCAUGUCAUUACAAAUCUUGGAGAAUUUAGAGAUUCGUGCUCUAAAUGUUCCCUUGCCCUGAGUGUUUGGGGUAAGGGCUGGCUUCAAGAUGGGCCCACAAGACUGCUGCAGUCCGUCUAAUUGUUUGCCUCUUGGAGAGUAAGAAGAGUUUCUUUAUCACACCUGGCCAGUUGCUUAAUGAAUGCCUAAAGCACUACAACAGUCUGCUGUUUUCAGGAUGACCAACAUCAGAUUUGGUUCUUUUUUAAAAAACAACAAGAAAAAAACUUCUCUCUUUUUAAGUUAGACAUGUAUCACUUCAUUUAAAGUUUUCUCCCUAAUAUUAGAGUGAGAGUUAACAUUUGAAGGAGAGACCAGAUUGACUAAGAAAUCCAUUUUAGAAGGAAUUGAAAAUCAUUAAAAAUUAUUUUCAAUGUUAUUUCAGAACAAGACUAUACCCAGGGCAAGCUUUUGAGCUAAACGCAGGCAUAUCAAACUCCAGGUGUGAAGAGUAUUACUUUGGAGUGAAAUACAUUUCAUAGUGUAGCUCUCUUAGCUUACAAAGUGGCACACAGGGCCUGCUGACUCUCUCGAAUACUCAGUAGGGUUUCAAAGGUUUGAUAGUGAAUCUGCAAACAAAGACUGAGUUAUGUUUUUGUUUUUACCUGGUUUUCUCUAUCAUUUGGUCUAAUUCCCACGUUGUGUUUGCAUUUGAGGUCGUGGAGGCCAUUCCUUCCAAUGCGCGGUAGGAAUCUAGAUUAGCUCAGAGUCCAGGAAGACAACAGGAUAUAGUGAUUCUCUUAGAUCUUAGGACAUUAGUAGAAUCUUAUUAAAAAGUCCUUUAUGGAAGAAUUCCUCAGUGAUGGUUAGCCAAGCAAGCAGGGUUGGUGCCAACACCAUCUGCAAACUUGUCGCAUCUUUCCCAGUGGACAUUAAUCCCACCAUAACUGCCGACCAACUUGAACAAGCCAACAAAAUUUGCAUAUUUUCCCUCCACCUAUUACAAGUUUGUUCUUGCCCUGCCUUUUAUUUGAAGAGGGAGUUUUUAUCUUAGUAAUGGAAUCAAAAGUCAAAGUACAAAAUAACAUUUAAGAAGGUUAGAAUCUAUGUCUUUACAUGUAACUAUGUUUAUUUUUCUCCAACUUAAACAUGUAAAUUAAAUCACUUCUUAAUAGAUCUAUUGAUGUUUCAUUGCUAGAGACAAAACCACACAUAAAAACACGCACAAGAACUGUUAUAGCAGACAGAAAGAGGUAAAAAGAAAAUAUUUCUGUUUUAAAAGAAAAAUAUUCAUUAGAGUUUAGGUACCAUGUGACUUAUGCUAUAAUUCAGCUUUGGUUCAAUAAUUCAUGGCUAAAUGAACCACAGAAUAUAGCUGACUAUAAUAGAUUUUGUCAAAAAAUUUGGACAAAUCACAUUCUGAACUUUAUAAUAAAGUAAUUUCUCCAUAUUUAAACUUCUUAAAGAGCAUAAAUGCUGAGGACAUUUUUCUUACAUGAAAAUAUAAAAAGAGCAGCAUUCUUGCUGAAGGGAUAACAAAUAUAGAGAAUGAGAAGAAACAUAAGACACACCUAGGGUAACGUGAUGAGACAGGAAACUAAGGGCCGUACCAGUAGAGGAGGAUGGCAAACUACUGCUUAGCUGCAAGCCAAAUACAGCUUGCAAUCUGUUUCUUAUGGCCCAGGAGCUCAGAAUGAGGUUUUUUUAUUUUUUCCAUUUUAAAGUAUUAAACGUGAACAGACAAGAAUCUUCUAUAGAGAUGUAUGUGACCCACAGUCUAAAAUAUUUACUAUCUGGUCCUUUAUAGAAAGCAGGGUUCUGCAAGAGGGGAAACUGAAAGUCAUUUGUAUUAUGAUGGCUGGAUAAGGUAAUGAAUUCCAAUGUUUGUGCAUCAUCACAUAAGGCAUCAAAAUUGCAACUGAACAAUGAUAACAGAUUUGUUUGAGGCUUAAAGUGUUUAGAUAGAGGAGAGGAAAGAGUACAAUCUAUCAUUUCUUGACUCCUUAUGGUCCCCUCACUUUAUAAAAACUGAUAUAUCAAUUGACAUAAUAAUAGAGAUACAAUUUACAUGGUUGCAUUCCUUAAUCUCAGGAUAGAGAUGACAAUUUUAUAAAUCUCUUCAAGUAUGAGAACACUAUUAGUACUAUAAAAAUCAGCAUCAGUUAAAUUUUCUCUUAAAUAAUUUUCAAUAUCAAAUUUUUAAGUAACUCAGCAGAUACAUAUUUUCCUUACCUUUGGUGAUUUGACUUAGAAAAGUCCAAGCCACGACUCUAGAAUAUUUACAUCAUCAAGUAAAAUUUCCAAGCAAAAAUUUUCAUCUUAAACAAUAUGGAAAUGAUUUUGUUACAUUAUUCUAGGAUUUUACAAAAUAUAAAUCACAUUUAGAAAAAAAGUGGGGUUUUUAUUAGCUCUAAAUAAUUAAAGGUUGCCUAAACUAAUGUGUAUAAGUAGACUUAACUGUAAAUAUGUAAGGGAAGUCCAAAUUAUUGUACAUUUUCAUAAUGCAAUGUGAAUUUCAUACAGAGCAGAAUUUCACCAUUAAGAAAAUAAACAUUUUGUUCUUAU